AUGCUUGCUUGCCACUUGAUUCAAGAGACAGUGACAUGUCUCUUCGAAGAAUUAGAAAGUAUCUACAACAAAGACGACAAUGAAGAUCACACUGUCACCUCAUUACGCUGUCUGUACGGACUCGUGGCAGCAGAGGAGAUUAACUUCAUAUGCCAUGCAGGGAGCCGCAGAAUAUUGAAAUACCCGGUCCUAUAUUUUUAUGUGGUUGGCAAAUGCAGCCUGAAGGCGGCUAAUGUGACACCCAACCUGGUGUUAAUAGCCAAUGAUAAUUCCGUGACACUGACUGUGGAUGUGUCUCUGUGGCUGGAGGUGAGGCCCGCUGUCAGAUUCACCAGAUUCUUUUUAAAAUUUUUCCUGAAGUGCAAUCAGAAUUGUUUGAAAACAGCGGGAAACCCAAGGGACAUGAGACGGUUCCAGGUCGUGUUGUCCACCACAGUAAAUGUGGAUGGCCAUGUGCUGGCUGUUUCUGACAACAUGUUUGUUCAUAACAACUCUAAGCAUGGAAGGAGAGCAAGAAGGCUUGACCCAUCAGAAGCUACACCCUGCAUCAAAGCCAUCAGCCCAAGUGAAGGCUGGACCACAGGAGGGGCCAUGGUCAUCAUCAUUGGUGACAACUUUUUUGACGGUCUCCAAGUUGUGUUUGGUACCAUGCUUGUAUGGAGUGAGCUUAUAACCCCUCAUGCCAUCAGAGUACAGACCCCUCCCCGGCAUAUCCCUGGAGUUGUGGAAGUGACACUAUCUUAUAAAUCCAAACAGUUCUGCAAAGGAGCCCCAGGCAGGUUCAUCUACACAGCCUUAAAUGAACCCACCAUAGACUAUGGCUUCCAGAGACUGCAGAAAGUCAUCCCAAGGCACCCAGGCGACCCUGAGAGGCUAGCUAAGGAAAUGCUAUUGAAAAGAGCUGCAGACCUGGUGGAAGCCCUCUACGGCACACCCCACAAUAACCAGGACAUCAUUUUAAAGCGUGCAGCGGACAUUGCAGAAGCCCUGUACAGCGUCCCCAGGAACCCCAGCCAGAUCCCAGCUCUCUCCAGCUCCCCAGCUCAUAGUGGCAUGAUGGGUAUCAACUCUUACGGCAGCCAGCUCGGGGUCAGCAUUUCAGAGUCCACACAAGGAAACAACCAAGGAUACAUCCGCAACACAAGCAGCAUCUCCCCGCGGGGAUACUCCUCCAGCUCCACGCCUCAGCAAUCUAAUUACAGCGCCUCCAGUAACAGCAUGAACGGCUACAGCAAUGUUCCUAUGGCCAACCUGGGUGUGCCAGGAUCACCGGGAUUUCUCAAUGGCUCACCCACAGGCUCCCCAUAUGGAAUUAUGUCUUCAAGCCCCACUGUGGGCUCCUCCAGCACGUCCUCCAUCCUCCCGUUCUCCUCUUCAGUUUUUCCUGCUGUCAAACAGAAGAGUGCCUUUGCCCCUGUCAUCAGGCCCCAAGGCUCCCCUUCGCCUGCCUGCUCCAGUGGCAAUGGGAACGGAUUCAGAGCCAUGACAGGACUUGUUGUACCCCCGAUGUAAAGGAGAGGAAGAACUGCUUUCUCAUAGCACAAAACUACUUAUUCCAAUGGACCAAUUAUGAAGGAAGCACUCUGAGCUUGUUGGGGAGAGUUGAGCCCCCAAGCGGCCAUGUUGGACAGACUUGGGAAGGCAGAGAGCCGCCGUCUUGGUCUCGUGUUCCUCAUGAAGCAUUGACAGUCACUACACAAACUGACCCUUUUGGAGACAAGAACAGAGAAAUGUCAUUGACCUGGUCAGUGCUAAGAGCAGAAACGCAAUUCUUUGUUAUGAACAUUACAAAAACCACCUUCCUAUGUUUGUAAGAUAUUUAAGAAAAACAUUGGCAAACAUUCAUGCUUAAUAUUUUGGAUACUAUUUGUUUUUCUUUGUAGGAAAAAAAAAGUUGAAAGUUUCUAUUUUCUAUGAAUCCUUUCAGAUACCAAUUUAGUUUAUGCAGAAAAAAUUGAACAAAACAGGGUACCAGCAUGGAAGACUUUCUUAAAAAUGAAACCUGAAUUGAAUGAGGAAAUGUAUGUGUGUUUGCUUAUACUUUAAGCUCUUUAAAAAAAAAGGGAAAAAAUUUAAAAUGUUUUACAGUUAUUUAAAUAAAUAAACGUGUAACUUAUUGUAAGUAGAAGUAGAAAUUAAGACCUUUUUUAAGAAGAGAAGAAUUUCUCUUCCUGUUGUAAAAUGAAAUUGACACACGUAGUGACCAGUUUUAAAGGUGUGUUGUUAUUACAGUUGCUUAUUAGAUUCUUAUCCUACAUCCCACAUCCCCCACUUUUUUCAUCAUUUUACCAACCGAUGCACAAGAACAUGUAACUUGUGCAGAUUCCCACAGAACAAUCCACCACAGAAACCAGACACGGAUAAACGCCAGCACACCAACACUUCAAUCCACCAUUUCAUUCCCAGAUCUGCUUUCUAGUUCACAGAUCAUUUGUGGUGUCCACUCUUGGUGAAGCAUUUUAAAAUACAUUCUUCCCUGAGCAAUGUAGGGAGUCCCCAUGUUACCAUCUCAGUUUCGAACAUCCUCAGGCAAGAAGUAUCUCACCUCUAAGAAAGGUCAAAGCCACAUGGCUACAACUGACCAAGGACUCUUCAGAAUUUUUCUCCGACAGAGUCGUACAGUUCUUCCUCUUUUGGGUACCUGAUUCAGGAGUGGAGGCAGGAAGCUCCAGAAAACUUUGCAGAAAGAGCUUGGGGAGGUUGGUUAUGUUUCUUGGACUCUUAAGACUCAGUCUUUGACUGUUUCCUUUCUAUGCAGAGAUUUCCUUUUAUGUUACUAAACUCCCUCGGAAAAGCAUGUGUCUCACCUGACACUGUUUCUGAGAUGAGUGGGAUAGGGCGAAGAAGAAAGAACUCAAAAAUCCCUAAGCAGCUCUCCUAUAGGGAGAUUUGUGGCAGCUGUGUUCCAAGUGGUGCAGUUAGCCAGUCUGCCCUGAGAACCUUGUGCUACCUACCUAGUUCUUAGCAGGGAAAACCUUGCGGUAGUUGCUAACAGUGGUAGACUCUUGAAAAUGUGUGUGGUCCUGGAGAUGCAGCUAGACUUGCUUGGUUCGCCAAUAGGAUGUCAUGAUUUUCCAGGUUAGGUGUCUUCUCUUUGAUUCCACUGACUUAGCUUGGGGUUCUUGGUUAGGCUUCUAGCAUUGGAAAUUGAUGCAGCUUUCAUGGAAAAGUACCCAUCACUAGUACUUCUGAGCCAAUUUUAGAUGACCCUCUCGUUGCCCCUCUGGCACAUGUCCUCACCCAACCCUCAACUGAAUUAUUUGCCUUCAGUUUGCUCUGGAAUUACCCAAUAUGACGUUUUUUUUUUUCUAUGCACAUGAGAAUCCACAAUUUUAGAAGCCUGGCAUGCUCAUAACCACUGCUGACAGUCCUUCAUAGUCAGGGCUCACAGCACCAAAAUAUACGGAAAUGCAUGAGAAAAACGUCCCUGGCUAACAACCUGGUACAGGGAGAGAAUGUGUGGAAUAUGAACAUUACCAUCCCAAAUGGAGGCAGAAUACAAUUAAGCAUGUUUAGACCUGGCUUUGAGCCAAUCCAACCUAAGAACUUUCUUUCUUCCUUUCAUUUUUUUUUUAAUAAGUAGCAUAGCUUUUAGAACCUGUGAAUCUUUCUCUUGCAUGAGGAUUAGUGCAGUACUGUCUCCAGAAUGAUCGUAGAAUCUGUCAGUAGCUUUACACAGAAGACUGUGUGUAACUAAAUACCGGACAUCUUUGACCAUUCACUAGGACAUCGACAGCCACAGAUCUAUUUAAUUGUACAAACGUGUGUAAGGGUUAUUUUUAGUGUACUAAUAAAUUAAAAACAAAGCCACUCUGUCCUCUUUAGUCAUUGCUAUUAAAUGAUUCUGGUCCCAGGUUAUUUUUGUGCCACUUGGCAGACAAGUAUCUCUAUAGGUAAUGACAAAAUUCUGUUCUAUUUUUGAGAGGAGCUGUGUAAGAUUUUUCAUUUAAAGGGACUACUUACUGCAUUAUUUAUCUCAUUUCUUUACAGCAUUGAAAUUCUUCCCAGUUUUUCUUUGCACAUUUCAACCUGCAUGGUUUAAAAACCAUUAUCUUUACCUUUUGUACAGUAAGGUCUCAUUUCCAAACUGUAUAGUUUUGUUGUCUUUUUUUUUUUUUUUGCUUUGUCAGUUACAUACAGUAUAAAGUUGCUAUGCACAGAGCUUUUUGUAAAGACAGCUUUUUUGUUUACUGUUUUUAAUGGUCUUCCUUAUGAAAGAAUAUCUUGUUUGUAAAAUGAAUAUGUCUACUUCAGUUUUAAACUUUAAAUUAUCCUAACAAAAAAUAAAAUUUUUGUACUGUAAAAAUU